AUGGCAGCGUUUCUUCAUGCAGUCAAGUCGCAGGGGCUCGCCACGCGAAUGAUAAUUUUCGCCAGCCCUGUCGCCAUCGUCGUCCUCAUCUUCCUCGCCUACCUCGCAGCGUCGCCCACCAGUAAUCCUGCAGAGCUGGCGAUCGGCGACGCGGACCUGCUGACGUCAAUCGUCGGCGGCAAAUCCGCGUCUCGCGUGAUCAUUGAAUCCGACGGUAUGGAUGAUUCCGAAGGUCUACGCGUCGCCGUGCAACCUAUUAGCAUUCUUCAACUGCGUGGUGCGAAUCCAAAUACGAUUUCUGCGGGGCCGGCUGUCGGCAGCAGAAGCAAGAAAAGCGAUGGAAGCUUGCUCAAGGGAGCUGGAAGGAGUUCCCAGAGCAGCAAGAGUGACGGGAGAAGCAGAUUGGCCGGGAGCGCGGCCGCGAGUAGCGAAACUGCCACGGGAAGCUUCCUCCCGCAGAUGAACAAAGCGGCUCUCGCCGUGAGAUUGAGAUUGGGCACUGAGGAGAUCCCUGCAGAGGCUACGAACGGCGGAAGUGGGGAGGGGUUAAGGGCAAAGACCGAGAAGGAAACGGGGGCAGGCAGGAAGAGUGACGGAGGUAAUGCGGAGGCGGACGCGGAUGCGGAGGCGGAAGGAGAUGCGGAGGCGGAGGCGGAGGAGGUGGACGACGAGCAGCGGGGGCUGCCGGCGGAGGUGCUGGCGAAAGAGCGCAAGCUUGCGCGUGCGCGAAAGUCAAGAUCCGCCACCUCGCGGAAGGCCGUAAAGGUCACUGAUGGUAACACAGUGGACGAGAUUGGCGAAGAGGACGACGAAGCAGAAACGGAGGAGGAGGCGGAAAUGUUGAAUGCGGAAAAUGAAAAGGGAUCCGACGCCACUGCCGCAGCCAACAAAACUAGCGAGGAGGAGGACGUGUUUCGCGAGCUGAAGCUUUCGCCGGAAGACGAGGCGACGCUUCGCUAUCUUCGCAAAACGCGCGUGGAGCGCGAGAAGGCGGCAAGCCGCGUGAAGCACAAGUACCGCAAAGUGGCGUUCAUGUUCCUCACCAAGGGCCCCAUCCCGCACGCCAAGCUGUGGGAGCGGUACUUCAAGGGUCACGAGGGAAGCUACUCCAUCUACGUGCACACGGCGCCCGGCUACGAAUUCCCCAAGAAUGCCUCCGCGCUCUUCCGCAACAACACCAUCCGCAGCGAAGCGGUGUCGUGGGGGUCGCCGACAAUGAUCGACGCCGAACGACGGCUGAUUGCCGCGGCGCUCAAGGACCCAGCCAAUCACAAUUUCGUGCUCAUCUCCGAGUCGUAA